AUUCCUUUACAUAACUGAUACUCCAUUUCGUGCGUUCAUAUCCGCCUUCUAUCGUUGGGACCUAAGCCCGACAGUCACGAAAAGGUCGAAUUGAGUCCCAAAGUCUUCGCUACCCAGCUAAAUUGGCCAUAUCAGGAGUCCGAAACAUUGAAAUGCCCAGGAGGCCCUAUAUCGGCGACCAUCAAUCAAGUUGCCGAACGACCGUUUUCUGUAUCCCAACAUGAACCGACUUAGUUCUGACAUUAUCCUAGAGUUGGUACCAUGGAUUGAUCAAAGCGAACACAAGACUCUCCGGUUAAUCAGCAAAACUUUCACCGCCGCGAUGGAAUCAACCUUUUGGGCUAAUCGAUUUGUCGCAUUAGUGGCGAGAGAGUCCGUGGACUUGGAGCGACUGCUUUUGAAACUUGAAGAAAUGAGGAAUAACCCUUCGUCCUCCCAAAAGAUCCAGGGACUGAGAUUUAACUUGUCAGUAAUCGAUCAAGUUGGGAUGGAAGAGUUGUGUCAGAAAGUGGAAAAGGUGCUUCCUGAGGCUCUCUCCAAGCUGCAAGGUCUUCGGCGGGCGAGUUGGAUCGAUCCUGGCUGGGCGAUUGAGACGGUAACCCAGUCAUUAGCCUCUCUUCCUCUACUGGCGGACCUCACCAUAAGCCAAAGAGAAUGGCGCGCGGAACCUUCUCCCAACCUCCCCCUCCAUCAUUUUCGUCGUGGAACGUUAGAAAGGCUCCUGAUUAACACUAGCUACGAAGACAGGGAUGGAUAUCUCUCGUCGUUAUCCAUCCUUCUCGCACACAAUCCAUGUAUACGUCACUUGGAACUUUUGGAAUGGCAAUUCCCGCCUACAAUCCCUCUUGUAUUCAACGAGCUCUUCCAACGCCAACCAAUCUUUCGACCGUUACGGUUAGAGUCUCUACACCUUUUCGGAUGGCGGCUGACCCCUGAAGUUAUUCCUCACCUUCGAUCGUUACGCUCCCUCGAAUUUGAUGGCCAUGCCGAGCUGCCUAACCUCACCUUCUGGAAAACCUUAGAAACCGAGAACAUACAUCUUCGUCGUAUCGUGACCGUCCCCUAUGCGCCUCUCCUCGACUACCUCGACACGUUUUCAGGACUCGAGGUGCUGGCCGUCUUAGAGGACAGGUGGCACACGGAGGACUUGAAAGAAGCUGAAGUACUCGCGCGACGAUUUUAUCAGGUCGUUCUUCCUAAGCACAAGGCUUCGCUCAAGGAACUUUCCUUCCGAUCUGUUGGGCCCAAUAUAUGGAAUGUGAGCGAAUGGAAUUUGGAGGGUUUCAAUGGGUACAGAGAGUUGAGGACCCUUGAAGUCGAGAUUUGCGAGGACGAUAUACAUGCUACUUCCAAUCCGGAAAAGCAUAUCGUGGGCGCCCUUGUUAAACGGCUAAUAGCGUUACCUAAAUUCCAGAGACUUACACUUCGGCCAUUGUUUCACGGUCGUGAGGGAACGGGUUUCGUUGGGGAAGGAAUAAGUCAGUUGUCGCGGAUUUUAGAUAUGAAGGUGAAGUUGGGAGAGGUAGUUGUAGCUUCGGUGAUUCAAGUCACUGUCGAUGGAAUUCGUGCAAUUUACUUUCCAGAGAUAAUUGAGGGUGAGAUUGUCUUCAAAUGUGUAUCAAAUGUGUAUAUAUAGUUGAAUCAGGAAUGAUUUCUCGCCGC